UGACGUCAUCAUCGGCCCGCCCGCGGCGAAUCAAAAGCGAAUGAGUGUAUUUAUGGAGCCUUUGGUCCGGGACGCUCGUCGAGCGGAGCACGCCGGCUGCUGCUUCUUCUUCUUCUUCUUCUUUUUCUUCGUCACGUUAGCUUCUCAUCGCAAGGCAAUAAAAUAUUGCACGUGGUGUCGCGUGUGAUUGACUCGUGAAUCCAGUUUCUGUUGCUAAAAGGCGCCAGUGGGGUGUCACUCAUCAAAUAUCCAUUCGGCAUCAUUACUUUCGACAGAUGAGUACGGUCGUCAUUUUGGUUGGUGUCAACAAUGUUUGGGGGUGGGGGGGGGGGCAUCUCACAUCUCAUCUUGACUGCCCCGCUCGGGACCUGAGACGAUUCGGUCCACAGACUCAAGACGAGUCCAUUUGCCGACUCCAAUUUCCGGAUUCACCGGAAGCACGGGGGACUCGCUUGAGUCGUUGGACGGACGCCAGGCGGCGCUGUCAACGUAAACCCCGCCGACUUGGAGGAUUUGCUUGACCGGCUGCGGUUGGACGAGUCCGCACCAUUCGGCACAGCUCACCGCAACGUUUCGGAUCACCGACUUGAAUGGACUGUACCCCUCGCUUCGCUGGCGCCAUCUGGCGGCCGUGGUUUGAAGCGCACUCGUCUCUCAAGAGCCCAAAGAGGUGAAAGUCCACCAAGAUUAUGGCUCGAUUGUUUAGCGUGAGCCGGGCGGAGACGCGCCACGCUUUUGUUUCUUUCCCGCAUCAUCAUGGCUGCCGGUCAAGACCACUGCAAGAAUCAGGACGACGUCCCGACGGGGCGCGGCCGCGAGUCCACCGAAGAGCCCGUAGGAGAGCAGAAGUUGGCCUCGGACAUGAUUUACACCAUUGAGGACGUCCCGCCUUGGUACUUGUGCAUCCUGCUGGGCCUGCAGCACUACCUGACCUGCUUCAGCGGCACGGUGGCCGUCCCCUUCUUGCUGGCCGAGGCCAUGUGCGUGGGCCGGGACCAGAACGCCAUCAGCCAGCUCAUCGGGACCAUCUUCACCACCGUGGGAAUCACCACGCUCAUCCAGACCACCGUGGGAGUCAGACUUCCUCUGUUUCAGGCCUCGGCGCUGGCCUUCCUCAUUCCCGCGCAGGCCAUCCUGGGCUUGGAGCGAUGGGCCUGCCCCAGCCAGGAGGAGAUUUACGGCAACGGGACUCUUCCGCCGGACACCUCGCACGUUUGGCAGCCUCGCAUCAGAGAGAUCCAGGGCGCCAUCAUGGUGUCGAGCACGGUGGAGGUGGCCGUGGGUGCGCUGGGGCUGCCGGGCAUCCUGCUGGAGUACAUCGGGCCGCUGACCGUCACGCCCACCGUGUCGCUCAUCGGUCUGUCCGUCUUCACCACGGCCGGCGAGCGGGCCGGAUCGCACUGGGGCUUCUCUGCGCUGUGCAUCCUCCUGAUCGUGCUGUUCGCUCAGUACCUGCGGACCACCUCGCUGCCGUUUCCCGCCUGGAGCAGGAAGAAAGGGCUGCGGCUGAGCCGGGUCCACGUCUUCAAGAUGUUCCCCAUCAUCCUGGCCAUCGUGCUGGUGUGGCUGCUGUGUUACAUCUUCACCCUCGCCGACCUUCUGCCCAGCGACCCGCGACGCUACGGCCACAAGGCGCGCACCGACGCCCGCGGGGACAUCAUGACCUCCGCCCCCUGGUUCAGGGUGCCUUACCCCUGCCAGUGGGGGGUGCCGACGGUGACGUUGGCGGGGGUUCUGGGCAUGUUCAGCGCUACCCUGGCGGGCAUCGUGGAGUCCAUCGGCGACUACUACGCCUGCGCUCGCCUGGCGGGGGCGUCGCCGCCGCCGGUGCACGCCAUCAACAGAGGAAUCUUCACGGAGGGCGUGUGCUGCAUCAUUGCCGGACUCCUGGGCACGGGGAAUGGAUCCACGUCCUCCAGCCCCAACAUUGGCGUGCUCGCCAUUACCAAGGUGGGCAGCCGGCGCGUGGUCCAGUACGGCGCCGCCAUCAUGUUGCUGCUGGGCUGCGUGGGAAAGUUCACGGCUCUGUUUGCGUCGCUGCCGGAUCCCAUCCUGGGGGGAAUGUUCUGCACGCUCUUCGGCAUGAUCACGGCGGUGGGCCUGUCCAACCUGCAGCUGGUGGACCUCAACUCGUCCCGGAAUCUCUUUGUGCUGGGCUUCUCCAUGUUCUUCGGGCUCACGCUGCCCGCCUACCUGGACGCGCACCCCAAAUGCAUCGAGACGGGUGUGGAGGAGCUCAAUCAGAUCCUGACGGUUCUGCUGUCCACCGAGAUGUUUGUCGGCGGCUUCCUGGCCUUCUGCCUGGACAACACCGUGCCAGGCUCGAGGAAGGAGCGCGGGCUGCUGCAGUGGAGCGCUUUGACGUCCUCGGCGCGCUCGUCGUCCUCCUACGACUUUCCCGUGGGCAUGGCUGUGGUGCGACGUGCCCGCUGGCUCAGAAGACUCCCCAUUAGUCCCACCUUCCAGGGGUGGAGCUCCGGCCAAGAUUCGCCCUCCGAAGGGGAGACGGCGCCGCAACUUGGACAGGAAGACGCGGACUUGUCCACCCAAGUGUAACUCGUGUUUGCGUACGUGUGUGUGUGGUGUGUUUGGAUUUUUGUGCCGCGCGCUCACGCAUCACAUCACAGGAGAUGUGGAGGCGUAUUUUCCUUCUCACCAGACCUUCAUUCAUUUUCAGCAACAACAAAAAAAAGUGUGAAAAGCUACUUUUGUCUGACAUGACGCCCGCUGUGUCAUGUGAUACUCGAGUUUCUGAAGCCUCUGUAUCACCCUUGUCAUUUUUUGGUAUUGAAAAGAUACUGUGCGUGAAAAGAUACUGAGCAUUUUACAACAUUUUACUACUUCCUACUAAUACAAGUUAAUCGAA